AUGAUUUUUUCAAAGCCUCGUUAUGCAACAGUCAUCUCAGCACUCUGCAUCUUUGCAUUAAUCAAGGGAAAAAGCAUGAUGUGUCACGGAUUUUCGGAUACUCAAAUCCAUCAAGUUAUUUCUCCAUCGUCUGAUAAUAAUAAUAAUGAUGUUGCCCAUCAAAGACUAUCAAGCCGUCGACACCUAACUUUCCUUUCUGCACAAGUCGAUAUCAACCAAGAUAUUGAUGACGAGAUGCUGUCAAAACGAGAGGCUUUGCUCCAACGCAACAAAGGUUCCUCUGAAAGACUCGUGGAAUGGGCAUUACUGUCCACCAACAAUGAAUCGGAAACACCCAAUGAUGAACCACCGCCCGUGACUAUUGGUUCUUCGACGAUCGGCAAUGGGAAUGGUAUAUUCGUAAAUCGAUCCUUCCAACGAAAUGAACUCAUCAUGACCAUUCCACACGACAAAAUAAUCAGCAUUGAAAAUGCAUGGGACGACGAAUCCUUGGGCCCUGAAUUCAUGUAUCUGACAGACGUUGGUGGUCCUGGAGCCAAACUUGCCACCUUGGCUGGGUUUGUCGCCAAAGAAGCUUGUGGUCAGAUCGAUGGUAUCUUUGAGAGGCAAAACGAUUCUUGCAAAUCCUCGAAUUGGCAGGAGUAUCUCGAUUGUUUGCCUUGGACCGACGACCAUCCACUGUGGUGGACCGACGGGGAGACGAACCGAUUACUCAAAGGAUCUAGUAUUGACGAAGAAGUAAUAUCCACGAGAAUGCAAGUUUCGAAUGCCGUUGAAAACAUCAAGGGGCUCUUUCUAAACUAUUAUAUCAAUCGAGAUGAAAUUAAUGGUACAGCCGUGGAUAUGGACGAACAGACUAAAGCCAGAGCACUAGAGAAGAUUGAGAUUGCACUUCGAUCUGCCUUUUGUAUGCUUUUAUCAAGAGCAUUCGAGGAUGAAGAAACAGACUGUAUGAAGCUAAUACCUCUUUUGGAUAUGACUCAGCAUAAGGACGAGGCCCAAGAAAACAUUUCACACUCGACAAAUCCAGCCACUGGCGACAUCCGAGUUACAGCAAAGCGAGACUUGGAGGCGGGAGAGGAACUUUUCAACUGCUAUUCCACUACACUGAGUCCAGCACAAUUUCUGCCUGUGUUCGCCUUUGUGCCCAAUGAUAUGGGAUUAUCUGGCCAACAGCUACUGGAAGAUAAGGACCCAAUCCUUUUUCCCGUGCAAUCAUAA